CAUUGUUUGAAAUACUUAUGUCUCAAGAUUUUCCUGAAAUCAGAGUCCACUCUGUUUUGGAAUCUCCUUUCUCAUGUCACAGAUGCAGCAGAGGAAUAAAAUACCAAUUCGUGUCUCUCAGAGGAGAGCAGAAAGGCAUCCUGUAGGACUAUAAUGCAGUGUGAUGUGGGCUGUCACUGCUGUGUCCUGCUGAGAGGCUUGCUGACCUGUGAGCUAUUGCGUCCUCUCUCUCUCAUUCCAAGCAUAGUUCGUGACAUUCUCAUCGUCGUGUAAUUGCAGUCUUUUCUUAAACCUGACCUGUAGAAAGAGAGGGAAGAGUUACGUUUGGAGAAAGCAGCACCAAAGUAUUCCCAGACGACAUUCAGCUUCAGCUGAACUGUAAUAACUCCAUGGCUGGUGAUGUGGACUGUUUACAUGGACUGGGCACGUGCCUGUCUAGGGAUAUUCAAGGAUAAUUACAGACUUUUCCAAGGCCUAUUUUUAUUUUUUAGAGGAGAUGUCUGGGUUUUCGAGUAGAUGCUACUCAACAAUACGGAGCCAUCAGCAUUGGAUGCAGCUUAUCGUAAGAGCUGUGUCAGAUCAUUUGGGAUUUCAACAGCAAGGUGAUAAAGCCUCUGAAAUGUUAGACGAGCAGUAAAUAAACUUUAGAGGUAGAAAGUGAUCCCCUACUCUGAAUGUAUUCACCUAAGGAAUCUUAAAAGCCUACCUAGGAUAUAUGUGCCUACUCUAGUUCACAACAGUUAUUGCCGUUCAAAUAAAUGCCAUUGUUUUUUCUGCAGUGUGUUCCUUUGGCAAGUAAUGAAACUGCUCCUGAUUUACGAUUGUGAGAUAAAGAAAAAGAGGGAAAAGUGACUAGUUUUCAGUGUGAUUAACUUUAAGUGAAAAGCUGCACAACUAAAAGGAAUUUCUGCAUUGCCAUCUGAACAAAUACAGACGUUAUCCAUUGAUGGCAAAAGUAAGCAUAUUGCAUGAAGGGACAUUUAAACUGUAGUGUGUGCUGAGACUGCCUGUACACUGCACAGUAGUGUACAUUAAUAUACAUUAGUGAGAGACCUGUACAUCCUCCAUAGUGUUUUCCUGGGACAAUGAUUUUUUAUCUCUCUGUCAAAGUCUGUCAUGCAUUACAGCAAGUGAAUGUUCUCCUAGUUUAAUCACUAAUCUGCCUGUGUGUCAGUAAAUAUGUUGCUAUGGGCGCUACAAUAGCAGAACUGAAAGAUGAGCUUUUGCCUGGUUGGAGCUUAAAAAACACCUGUUUGUAUUUUUGAUACUAACUCGUUCAUCACGAAUGAGGAUAAAGAAGCAUAUGUUUCUUUAGAAUUUAGUUAUAGAAACAUUUUUCACGUGCAUUUUCCAAUAUAUGAAUAAUAUUUACUGUAUGUUCGUUACUUGUAGUGUCUGGACAAAGCUUUUAUGGGGCUUCACGUUUCUACACCAGAUUGUUUUCCAGUAGUGCAGACUUCUACAUAUGAUCGACAAGCAGAAAUCACAUCCCUUUGCUUCACUCCAAGACGAACAAUACCCAUCCUGCUUAUUGCUGAGUCCCAUUAUUUAACAUUCAGCUUCUUCCCUGAACUAUAUACUAUGCUUCCAGAAUAGUGCAUAAUGAAUUACUUAGCUGUGCAGAUUUUAAUCCCAGACUGACUCAUCCCUUAGUUGUUCGUGGCCGUGGGUUUGUUUGUUUGAUUUACUUUUCUUUUUUAAGGAAAGAAGAUUAAACUGUAUUAAACUGGUUUGUUUUGUUAGCAUGUGUGGCGAUGAGUCUGUGACCUACAUUUAUGGUGGGUAGUACUCUUGCCCUAUAUCUGAAUAACAAACGACAGAAACAUUAGUAUGGGUUGACCUCUUUUUGGAAUAUUUUUGGGGCAUUUUAUAUCAAAGGAAAAUACCGAGAUAACAAUCUUCAAUUAAAUUCUAAUAAAAUCCAGAGGAAAAGUAACUAGAGUUAUUUCUAUUACAUAGUGUGUAAUAGAAUGCUUGAAUUGGAUGGGGCCUUAAAGAUCAUUUACUUAAUGCAUAUACCAAAUUACUAGGAAAUGAUUAAAGAGCAAAUCUGGAGUCAAAAGAAUUGAAGAUUUUUUUCUUUCUUUCUUUCUUUUUUUUUACAUGGCAGAUGCUCAGGGACAAAAUGACACAGGUAGAAGUUGCAUCCUGCAGUCUGUAUCUGUUUUGAAAGGUGCUUUUAUCAAAUCUGAGCAGUGUUAACAAGUAAGCCUUAUAAGCUGGCUUUCUCUAGAUGCUCCAGAAAGUCAGUCUAAGUCUGUAUGCACGAGUCUUUGGCCUGUUAGUGCUCUGAAGGCCUUAACCUCCAAGAAGUGCACAUGAAAACAUAGGCAUUGCCCUUUCUUUCCCUGAUGGCAAUGCUGCAUUGUUGUGCUGAGGGAAGAGCAUGUUUGUAGCCUCUGUUAACACUAAUGGGCUUCUCUGUUCAAUAGGAGCAUCUAACCUCGGACAUAGUUUACAUCAUCAAUAUUGCUGUCAAAAUUGCAUAUUUUCCCCUUGAAAAUUACUGACAUGGUAAGCAGUUUUUUGAGGAACUAUUCUAAGCUGAAACAAAUGAAUUACUUCUGAUUCUUUGAAAGUAAUUUGUUACCCAGUAGGUCUUCGGCACUAUAAGAAAAGAAUGCAAGAAAAAGGAAAAAAAAAAAUUGAAGAUUUUUAGUAUUCAAACCAAUGUGAUAGUCUAUUAUUUGCAAUCUAGUGUCAGUAGUGACUCACAAUUGAAAAAAUGUAACAAGAGGGAGUUCCUCUGGAGGAGUAAAUAGCAAUUUACCAAGUCUCCAUGUCCUUUGGCAGUCCAUUUUCGAACUGCUGUCCAAACCAAGGUCUGAGGUUUUAUUAUUUCUAGAAAUACAUACUGGCUACAACCUGCUCUGAAUUGGAACAUAUAUCAGUGGUAUAAAUAAUGUUCACACUUCUGGGAAACUGAACUAAAAGGUCACUUUUUCAACAAAUUUACAAACUGCCAGAAACACACCAGCCUUGUCAUUGAAUUUUUAGCAGCUUUCUUUUUCCAUGUGGAGUCCAGAGGGCAAUGUCCCAUAGCAUAAAGGCAGCACCUGAAGGAUGCAGCAGCUGUUCCGUGUAGAUCAACUUGCAUUUGUUUAUUUCAGUUCACAUUUGUUGGAAUUCAUGUGUCAUGGGUUUGCUACAUAUAUUCAGCAGCUCUACUUAUUUUUCAUCCUGGAUCCUGCGUAUUGUAUUUGAAGGCUUUCAGCGAGGAUUUUAUUCUGCUGGAGAAACACAGCUUGGAGGACCUCAGUUAAAGACUGAAAACAAUCGGAAAGGCGGUGGGAAAUAAAUAUUGGGAGGGCAAUAUGGGGCCUGGGGAAUGGUUAUUUAAUAGAAAUGUAGCUGAGAGGUGACUGAUAAGAUUUUUAGCAUAACUGGAAAAAAAUCCAAGUUAUCAAUCAGAUGUCAGAAAACCUUUUUCCCUUUGCUCACAGAAAAACGUGCAGCUUGAAUUUUUUCUUUCACUUUAAGUAUAGCAUUUCCAAAUCUUUUUGGACAGUAAAUUAUAUAGCCAUGCAUAAGUCACAAAGACUUUUUCCUUGUGCUACAGUAUACGGAGAUUAUCAGAUAGUCGAACAUUUCUUUCAGCUUUUCUUUUUCCUUUUGUUUUUGUACACCCUUUGUCAAGGCACUGAGGUGCUAAUACAAGAAUUUCUAGGACAUCCUUAAAAACCUGCUGAUUUCAACAACCCCUGCAGGAUAGGUGGCUGUGAUAAGUGUUCUCUAGCUGCACAUUAUCUCUUGAUCGUACUCUUUCUGAGGCAUAGGGAGAAGUCUUUCAGAUUCCUUUGUCCUAGCUUCCAGAGAGCUUUAACAACCAGGUCCAGAGAGCUUUAGCAUCCAGGACCAGGACUUCACAGAGGUGAAGGUUUAAAUUAAAGUGUGAGCUAAUUCAGUUGAUUCUCAUCUACAAGUGCCCUUGAGAAGCCAGGUGAAUGGUGCCCAGCUUUGUCCUACAUUUAUUCCUGCUGCAGCCAGUAGACCUCCUGUAUGUGGGCUGUAGAGAUGGUCUUUCAAUGCAACCUUUUGGAAAAAUAAUAGGAAAUGGUAAAAACACUAUUCCUUGUUAUUUUUCUAAAUUGAAUUUCGCAUGGUUGGGAUCUCAGUGCAAAGGUAUGUGGGAUUUUCAUAAGGAUAUGCUGAUAUUUAUGGGAACCACUUGAAGGCUAAGGGAGACCUGGAUGGAAGUAACCUUUCAUAAUGUUUCUGAAGGAAAAAAUACGCAUUUGUAUUUUUAUUCAAAGCUUAAAUAACAAAUUCAUGGCUAAAGCCAACAGGCAGGUUACAUUCUUUGACUUCAAAUAAUAAUUCCAGUACUGUUUCCAGGUUCUGCUUCACCCAUUUAAAUUACUUUUGCCCAGAACAGUGAGAGUGCUAUAAUGGAAACUGGUUUAUAAUAGAAACUGUUAUAUUUGUUUAUUUUGAAUGCGCCUCACAAUGUGGUUCCUCAUGUUUUUCUAUGAAUUGAUGUACUUCCAAUUUAUCAGGGCAUAUGAUUUUUGUGAAGGAUGAGCAAGUAAGGUGGUUAGGGUUUUCGUGGCACGAGUUUUAAAUAUUCUCUCAUCUUACACAUACCAACAUGCAUACUUUGCUUUCUCCCUCCUUAGAAAAUCACUGUAAAAGCAUUUCAUGAUUGCAGUUUUAAUAACAGUUGAUUUUAGGAUAUUUUUAAUAACAUCUGGAUAGAAGCCUGAUUUUUCAGUUGUAGUUUUUACAUAAAUGCUUACUAGAAAUUGUGUCCUGAAGUGGAUAAUCACAAGUACUGUGAGCUGACUGAAUAUUUGUACAAACAUACUAUUAAAGAUUGGUCAUCCUGGUUUGAAGAACAGUUAUGAAAAAUGAAAUGCUAAAGCGGCAAUAGAAAUUCAGCAGAUGGAAACCUGUCAGCUGCUAAAAGCUAAAAAUGUAAACUUGUAGUGUAGGUUGUAAUACUAAAGGAAACUUCAACAUUGACAGGAUUUCUACACCUAUCCAAAGGUAUGUUUAUAAAAGUGGACUCAGGCAUUUAAAUGAAAAUGGUUUGGGGAAGCUAAGGCGUCCUAGAGGAGGCUGAGUGUUCUUCAUUGGUGGUAAAUUCAGCCAUGGUUUUAUAUUUUAAAGUGAGCUGGGGAAUGGGGUCAUUGGCACUUGACAUCUGUUCCCUUUUUUCUAUGCUGUGAAUUUUCAUAACUUUCAUGCCUGGGAAGAAACAGAUGAACGUGGAAUUAAUUACUUAACAAAAGCUCGUUACAACCAAUGAAAACUGGGUUGGGAUGAAGCCUGUAACACACCUGUGCCAAAUUAAUUAUUUAGUUGGUAUGUUUUCUUGCUCAUUCAGUUAAAUGGUUCCACUCUCUAGUCUGAAACCUGCUCACUGUGUGUCCUUUUCAGGAGCAUGGCACCAACCAUUCAGUCUACAGGUAAUGCAGGUAGUGAAAGAACAGAUAAUGAGAGCACUCACUACCAAGCCUAGCUCACUGGAUCAGUUCAAGAGUAAGCUUCAGAAUCUCAGUUACACAGAAAUACUGAAAAUACGCCAGUCUGAAAGAAUGAACCAGGAAGAUUUCCAGUCUCGUCCAAUUCUGGAACUGAAAGAGAAGAUUCAGCCUGAGAUCUUAGAACUGAUCAAGCAGCAACGUCUUAAUCGACUUGUGGAGGGCACCUGCUUUAGGAAACUGAACAGUCGACGUCGGCAAGACAAAUUUUGGUAUUGUCGACUUUCACCUAAUCACAAGGUCUUGCACUACGGAGACUUGGAAGAAAGUCCCCAGGGAGAAGUACCCCAUGAUUCCUUGCAGGAUAAAUUGCCAGUGGCAGAUAUAAAAGCUGUUGUGACUGGGAAAGACUGCCCUCACAUGAAGGAGAAAGGAGCUCUUAAACAAAACAAGGAAGUGCUAGAGCUUGCGUUCUCUAUAUUGUAUGACUCAAGUGGCCAGCUGAAUUUCAUUGCUCCAGACAAGCAUGAGUACUGUGUAUGGACCGAUGGGCUGAAUGCCCUCCUUGGGAAAGAUAUGUUGAGUGAUUUGACACGAAACGACUUAGAUACGCUGCUCAGCAUGGAGAUAAAGCUACGCCUCCUUGACUUGGAAAAUAUACAGAUCCCAGACGCUCCUCCACCUAUCCCAAAGGAGCCCAGCAACUAUGACUUUGUUUAUGACUGUAACUGAGGCUGCCACUGAAACUUGCUUAGAAACUGGAAAUAUUAUAACUGGAGAGAUAUUAAAAAAAGAAGAGUGUGUGAGAAAAACAGAAACCCACUUGUGCACCUUGGAUUUUGGCUUUGGGGAGGGAUGUAGAAACACUUGCAUUCUUCCCCACUCCCUGCAUCCUUUCCUUCCCCAUUCCCAUCUUCCCCAUUGCUCAUCCAAAUCCACAUUGCUUUAAUUAACUUUUAAUUGCAGGCCAUUGGCCUUGCUUAAGGCAAAGACUGCCACUAAGAAGCACCCUCUCGAGGACUUUUUUUACAUUUUUAAUACUGGAAUAGACAUUCUUAACUAAAGGACAACGCUACCAAACCGCAUGCCUCUGGCACCCACUUGUCAGAGCAGAGGCUCUAACUGGAAGGAGGAGGGAGGUAGGGAGAAGAAGCAGCUACUGUAAGCAGAAGAUUUCCCCAGAUACUCCCAAGAGUUUGCUCACAACUGAAUCCAAUGCAAUGACCAAAAAAAAAAAAAAAAAAAAAAAAAAAAAGUUAACUGCUUCCCAGUACUCGCACCGUUCAUCGCUGUCAUUGUUCUCUCCACUGUCAUCUCAGCUCUUGUCACUGGCCUUCACCCAACUGAUCACCUCUCAGAAUGGAAAGUCUGCAGGUUUUUGCUGUACCAUAUGCUGUGAUGCCGCAACAGCUUUUAACUUCUUUUCCUCCCAGCUCUCAAAUAGCCCUACACUAGCAGUCCACUAGCACAAGCUGUUUAUGAAGCCACUAGUGUGCCCUGUCCCUGUAGCAUUCCCUAAGCCUCAACUGCCUCUAAAAUUGGCUUGUUGCUACUCAGAGUUAUUUUUAUUUUCUUGGUCCAAAGUUCAACAGUAAUUUCCACAAGCUAAUUACAACUACCAGACAUUUAGGUUUACAUUGUUGUCAUUGCUACAGUGUUACAAAUUUGCAAGGGAUUUUCUUUUGUACGGGUUCUAAUUUUAUUUUAUUUUUUAUUUUGCCAGACAAAUAUAUUUAAUGAAAACUAAUUUCAUUGUGAGUACUUUUGGGGAACAAUAUUUUUACUUAAUUUCCAUUUGGAACACUUGCCCUGAGGGGAAACACCGAUAUUCCCUUCAACUUUGCUGUUGAAUAAAGAUCUGAGUUGUGAUGAUUCUUGGAA